ACCAAUUUUGUUGGCCCCCUUGUCGUCGUCGCUGACCUUAACUCCUCUCAUCAUCUGCAUCUCAAUACCAAACAAUGGGCCUGGGGAGUAAAUUUGGGUGCUUUUGCUCGACAGGUUAGGUCCGCAUGUGACAACUGCUGUUAGGUAUAGGUAGGCAGGUCAGCAAUCAACGUGUGCUAUAUACAACUACUACUCAACUGAUUCAUUCACGUAAUAGCACAAAACAAAAGGUUCUUGUGCUUUUAGGCUUGCCAGCUAACUUUGCCUGUGAAACAACUCGAUGUUCGUGUUCUGAGUUCAGACCAUCUUCGCAUACCAUUAAUCUAGUCUUGGGUUGACUUUAUGCGUGAUGAGAGGACUAUAGGAGACGAGUGGCAGUCUAGUUACCGGUGGUCUCCAUAUGGAUUCAGCUUUUCGAAGAGCUCUCAAUGAACCCUCGUGCUUGGAAGAAACUACCGUGCAACAAGGGAUCGAAAGAUGCCCGUUCUUGAGGAACAUCAAUGAGCCUACAAGCUUUUCCUUCUCGUCUGUCAACUUUCCUGUUCCCGCAAGAGGAGCCAAGGGACCAAUUUUUGAAGAUGGACCUAACUUCGACACAGCAUUUAGAGUUUUCCAUGGUAGAGAUGGGGUUGUCCCACUUUCAGAAGGAUCAUUUCCACAGAUUGAGAAGCCAUUGCCCAAGCCCAAUCCUGAGUUCAACCCCCUGGCGGCCAAAGCAGCAACCAUCAGUCUAUCGGCAUUUGGAGGCUUUUUCAGCUUUGGCGACUUCUCAAAUAAGCGUAAUAAGAAAAAUUUCAACAAAAAGAACCCCAACAACCUCCCCCAGAAUAAAAGCCAGUCUAACAACCAUGAAGCACUGAGCAACGAGUGGCUGGAAAAUGGCCAAUGUCCACUUGCAAAGUCAUAUAGGGCAUUAAGUGGUGUCGUACCUCUUGUGGCAAAGAUGAUGACACCCCCAGCUGGUAUGAAACUGAAGUGCCCGCCUGCGGUGGUUGCUGCCCGCGCAGCAAUAUCCCGCACAGCCUUUGCAAAGGGGCUUCGCCCUCAGCCCCUGCCAACAAAAAUACUGGUGAUUGCAUUGCUUGGUAUGGCAGCAAAUGUUCCUCUCGGCAUCUGGAGGGAGCACACACAGAAGUUUUCAGUGCAGUGGUUUGCUGCAGUGCAUGCUGCGGUGCCUUUCAUAGGGAUGCUCAGGAAAUCUGUGCUGAUGCCAAAGAGUGCCAUGACCCUUACUAUUGCUGCCUCAAUAUUGGGUCAGACAAUCGGGUCAAGAGCAGAACGUAUCAGAUUGAAGAGGGUGGCUGCGGCAAAAUCAGCAAGAGAGGGCCAUGAUACUGCCAACUGCAUCAAAGCACCGAUGAGUCUGAAGACUGGAAACCGCAAUAUUGUGCAGUUCUGGGAUCCGCUUGCCCUCAGAGUUGAGAGCACAGUGGGCACAGGUUCCCCAGCAGUUCUUGUCCCUGCCGUUGGUGGUUUCAAUUGAUGACUGAUUGGGUUCAUUUCGAUCGGAUCAGCAUUGCUGAUUGUUGUAUUUUUUAUUCUGCUUAAAACAAAUUGAUUGUUGUAUUCAUUACUGUACCUGUGAAUUCAAGAAAGAGUUAGUGGUCACGUCAAAUUUUUCACUCCAUUGUGGAAGACACAUUUCAGUGAAUAAUUUUGAGAACAUUUUCAGAGUUGAGAACU